AUGAGAGCCUUAGAAUUUAUUAGAGAGCCGGUAAAAACAUCAGUAGCAAGAUGCUUUUACCGCCAAAAUGUUAUUACCGAAGACCAACUGAAACAAAUAUUGACAGGAAGAAAUAUGAACGAAGCAAUGGACAUUUUUCAGGAACCAGCAACAAAAGAACAACCAAUCGGAGGUAAUCCAGAAGGAUCUCAAAAAACACCAGCAACACAUUAA